GAGGCUCUUACAACCCCAGAGGGAGCCCGGGAGAACGGCUGCGAGAGGGAAAAGACUGGGGGGCCCUUGCAGAGGGAGGAGUCGGAGCCAGGGUCUCCACCCCGACCGUGACCUGGGAAUCCUUGGUUCUGGGAGGAGGAGGAGGAGAAGGCUGAUUCCUGAAAGGCAGACGGACGCCCCCACCCUGGGCAGGGGGGCAAGCCACUCGAUCGAGAGCAGCGAGCGAGCAGGAGGAAGCGCCUAAAACGCCUGUGUUCCGGGCACCCCCCUCCCGCCCCCCCACCCCCGUCUCAGCCUGGGGAGUUGGGGAGCAGUUCGCCUCUGCUUUGACCUUCCCCCCAAUAAUCCACCCGACAUCAUGAGACUGGAGACUGGGGGCCCUCUUGAGGUGAAAUUGCUGGCCUGAGUUUUGGGGGUCCUCCUUUGGUCAUUCUGUGGAGGAACUGGGGGACGUCCCCCCGACGUCUAAGACUGGAGUAGCAGUCACUGCUGCUGUGGAAUUUGAACUCAGGGACUUUGUGGCUAGAGAGCUGCCGGCUGCUCCCUGGCCCCACUCCUUGGAUGGUGCCUUGGCCACUGGAGUGAGUGAGUGAGUAGGGGGGUUCUCCUCGGAGUACUUCCCCGCUGGGGACUUCCCUCCCCAAUCUUCCUCCUCCUCUCUCUGCUCUCUGCGGAAAAGAUGUAUGAGAGCGUGGAUGUAGGGGUGCUUACCCCCAGCCCGAACCCCUUUCUUGUGGUGGAUUUUUAUAAUCAGAGCCGGGCCUGUUUGCUCCCUGAGAAGGGGAUUCCCGCCUCCGGCCCUUACUCCACCCCACUCCGGACUCCGAUUUGGAACAACUCCAGCCGCUCCAUUGAAACUCAGAGCAGCAGCUCGGAGGAGAUUGUGCCCAGCCCCCCUUCGCCACCUCCUCUCCCCCGAAUCUACAAGCCGUGUUUUGUCUGCCAGGACAAGUCCUCGGGGUACCACUAUGGGGUCAGUGCCUGUGAAGGCUGUAAGGGCUUCUUUCGUCGAAGCAUCCAGAAAAACAUGGUAUAUACAUGUCAUCGGGACAAGAACUGCGUCAUCAACAAGGUGACGAGAAAUCGCUGUCAGUACUGCCGGCUACAGAAAUGCUUUGAAGUGGGCAUGUCCAAGGAGUCUGUGAGGAAUGAUCGGAAUAAGAAAAAGAAAGAGAUGCCCAAAGCAGAGUGUUCAGAGAGCUACACGCUGACCCCCGAGGUGGAGGAGUUGAUUGAGAAGGUUCGAAAAGCCCAUCAGGAAACCUUUCCUGCCCUCUGCCAGCUUGGGAAAUACACUACGAACAACAGCUCGGAACAGAGGGUCUCCUUAGAUAUUGACCUCUGGGACAAGUUCAGUGAACUCUCCACCAAAUGUAUCAUCAAGACUGUGGAGUUUGCCAAGCAGCUUCCCGGCUUCACCACUCUUACCAUUGCUGAUCAGAUCACCCUUCUCAAGGCUGCCUGCUUGGACAUCCUGAUUCUUCGGAUCUGCACGAGGUACACACCAGAACAGGACACAAUGACCUUCUCAGAUGGGUUGACCCUGAAUCGGACGCAGAUGCACAAUGCCGGUUUUGGGCCCCUCACCGACUUGGUCUUUGCCUUCGCCAACCAGCUGCUGCCACUGGAGAUGGAUGAUGCUGAGACUGGGCUCCUCAGUGCCAUCUGUCUCAUCUGUGGAGACCGGCAGGACUUGGAGCAGCCAGACAAAGUGGACACUCUGCAGGAGCCACUUUUGGAAGCCCUCAAGGUCUAUGUGAGGAAACGGCGGCCCAGUCGGCCUCACAUGUUCCCUAAAAUGCUGAUGAAGAUCACGGACCUUCGAAGCAUUAGCGCCAAGGGAGCUGAGCGAGUGAUCACAUUGAAGAUGGAGAUCCCAGGCUCGAUGCCACCCCUCAUCCAGGAGAUGCUAGAGAAUUCAGAGGGACUGGACACUCUGAGUGGACAGCAGGGGGGUGGGGGGAGGGAGGGGGAUGGGAGCAGCCUGGCCCCACCACCGGGCAGCUGCAGCCCCAGCCUCUCCCCCAGCUCCAACAGAAGCAGCCCAGCCACCCAUUCUCCCUGACUGAACCCCAGCUCUCCCCCCUGCGGAAACACGGACACAGCCCUCACCCCACAGCCUGGCUUUCUCUGCCUUCAAAAAGAAACCACCAUGAAACACAUCUCCCCUCUCCCUUCACCCUCCCCCCCAGGACUGAAGGAGGUCUGUAAACCUCGUGGGGGCCUGGGGUCUGGAUGGGAGGAUGGAAGAGGUGGGAAGGAUGGAACCGAGUCUCCUCCCACUCCAUCUCUGCGCUGGACUUAACUGCAGCCUGAACUGGUUAUCAUCCAUUAUCCUGGAUGGACCUCCAUGGCACGGUGGGGGUUGGGGCAAGGGACCGAGGGCUGAAGGGUGCCCUCUUUCCAAAUCCCAGCCCUGGGCCCAAGCAGUGAGACCCUGCCAGGAUGUGGUGGGAGAGGGUGGAGAGAAUGCCAUGCUCAUAGAAGCGCCUCUUUACUCACCACCCCCUACUCUCCACUCCACCCCCCAGCCUCAUGUUCAUCACCAGCAAAUUCCGGGGGCUUUCAGCCCCACCAUUCUCAAAACUAGCAAGCCAUCCACCCCCUCACCGAGCUGGGGGAAAGUCUGGGGGCAGAGGUGGGGGGGGUUAGAGUCCCCCAUGCUGUGGAAUCCCCUCAGGUUGGUGAUGGGGGGCAGGGCUUCUCCCCUGUACAUACUCCGCUGAAUUCUGCCCUGCCCCCCUUCCCUUUCCUCCCAGAUAUUACCACCUCCCCCGCUGGUUUUGUUUUUAUUUUAAUUUUUUUUGUUUUUAUUUUUUUUUUAAAUAAGAAGUUUCAUUUUAAGCACAUUUGUACUGAAGGAAUCUGUGCUGUGCAUUGGGGGGGAGGGGGUGCUGCCCUGGGGGCAGCUGGGCUCAGAGCCUGGGGGAGGGGAGGGGAGAUUAAUGGGGAGAGAAGAAUACCUAACCCCAAGGGAACUCCCUCCCUUCUUUUUUUCCUUUGCCCACCGCUUCCUCUCCCCCUCAAGCCCAUUUCCCCUCCGUUUUCUCUCUCAAACUGUGAAAUACUGCUCUAAAGCCAACCCCUCUCUCUACACCUCCAACACCCCCAUCACUGGGGGAGAGGGGGCCAGGCCCCCACACCACUUCUCUCUACUCCUAACCACUGGGUGUGGGCUUUCCUAGAGAGCAGGGGAGAAAGGAGGCUCUUUGUAGGGGGUGGGGGGAGGGGAAGGGUCUUAUUGUUUCUCCUCUCCCCCCUUAGCUCCUGUUGUAUGGUGCUCCCCUCUUUCCUCCCCCACCAAGGGUUGGAGUGUAUUGGUCUGAGAGACUAGGGGGAAAGGGAGAGGAGCUGGGCAAGAUGCACACCCCAUCCCACUCCCCUCCCCAGGCUUACAAAGUAAGUGUCUCAAUCCCUUCUUCCACCAUGGUGAGAGCUGAUGCCUUCUUCUUUCCCCCCUCCCCCGGCCCCAUAUCAGGUCUGGCCUCUCCUUUCCUUGGGGACCCUGCCCUGUACCCACUGUGAAUGGGAUAGUGACAGGGGGGAAGGGGAGUGGGGGGCUUAGAGACACUGACCUCUGUUGUUUCUAUCCCAGCCUCACCGCCACCAGCAAUCCUGUUUUUCCCCACCAUGGGCUGGGG